UGGGGGUCAAAACUAAAUAGGCCAGAUUCUGGACUUGCCCGGAUGCUGUAAGUUGAGUGCUUUUCCUGAACUUACCCCAAAUCUGUCAAUUCAUGGACCUAGUUUUUACUUUCACAGUGAUAUGUGUUAUAUUCACUUUUAUCAAAUUGCAUUAACGGGUGGUGUCGUUUGUCUUGGUAUUCUUGAAUCGGUGCAAGUGAGAGGCCUGAAACCUGAAGUAGCCAGUCUUCUACACCAUUGACCUGGCAUUUGUCAAGAUGGCUCCUCAAAUCGUCCUCAUGACCGGUUGUUCGAGCGGAAUCGGUCUCGCUAUGGUUCAACGUCUCGCUCGAGACCCCGAUCAGCGAUUUAUCAUCAUUGCCACGGUGAUUGCGAUGUCGGAGAAGAACGACCUCGAAGCUGCAGUCAAGGACGACCUCGGUAGUAAAGUUUUCAUAAAAGAGUUGGACAUCACAAAGGAUGAAAACAUCACUGAAGUAGUCGCAGAUGUCAUCAAGAGUCAUGGACGUAUCGAUGUCUUGCUCAACAUUGCCGGAGUUGCUUUUUACGGAGUCCCCGAAAGAAUCACGCGGAAACAGAUUGACCUCAGCUUCAACGUGAAUGUGAUCGGACCCAUCAUACUUACCCAGGCAGUGCUGCCUCACAUGAAAGAGAAACAAUCGGGAAAGAUUAUCACCUUUUCAAGUGUUGCAGGCAGGAUAGGUUGUCCAUACUCUGAAGUGUACAACGCUUCAAAGUUUGCUGUCGAUGGUUUCUUUGAGGCUCUAGCAGCAGGACUCCGUGCAUUCAAUAUCAGGGUGUGCUUGAUUGAGCCCAGGCAAGUCGACACGGGCUUUUGGGGCGGAGUUCUGAAGCAGAUUGAAGCAGGCGCUAACGAUGAGACCAUCACGGAAAUCGACCGCCGUCAGCUUCGCAACAGGCACGCUAACAUACAGGUGUCCACAAUACUCAAAGUAGUCGAAGUCGUGGACGUGGUGAUGACGAAGUGUCUGGACGUCGACGAACCCGUACUCAGACAAAUGAUCGAUGGGGAAUCCGGUGAAACCUUCACAAAAACCGCCGGGGAGUUGACGGGAGAAGCUGGACUGGCUGCUUUCGGACUCGAUUCAAUUGCAGACAUUGACUAAUUAAUCCCCCCCCCCCCAACGAAAAAAAGGAAAAAGGAAGAAUAAUAAUGAUAAUAAAAAUUGUCCGAAAAUACACUCUUCCUUUUUGUCAUAGUUUUAAGUCACAUAUGAGGAUGAGGAAGGGAUCGAGGGCUGUAUAAACAUUGACCCAAAAAGCUGACCUUACCCCCCUCCCCCCCCCCUCCCCCCAACGACACGAAAUAGCGAUUGGCCAAAUUUUCAAAUGUUAAGACACAACAACAACAAAAAUCGUUAGCGAUAGAUAAUGUGGACAGAGAGGUAAUAAACUUCACAAAAAUAAGAUAUGUUGGCGAAAUCGAAUUUGAGAGAUAUAUCUACUAUAGCUUCACUCUCCCAUUUCCCCCACCGUUUACCAUCCAUUGAUUUUGUUUUUACUUUGUUACUGUUUGUAAUGUGCUAAUGAUUUUCGUUUCGUUUUUAGCUUUGUUUCUAUUUUGCAUUUGUUGUUUUCAUUACUCUGAUUGUAAGGAUAAUUGCUGGGUUUUAUUGCAAGCCAUUGGUUUUUAAUGCGAUUUUAUAGGCACAGUUUUAUUGAAUAUUAUAUCUUUGUAUUUUAUGAAAUCAAUAAAUUUAAUUGAGUUGAAUAUA